AAAUAUCCUUCUCAUCUCGUCUUAAGUAGUAUUAUAAUGUUAUUGUUAAUUUAACUGUAGCGAUCGACCAACUUAUUUCAUGGAUCAAUAUACUAGAAUUUUUUCAUAUACAUUUUUUUUCUGUCAAAAUAAGUAUUCAUGAAAAGUAGGCUUGAAAUUUGUAAUUAAAGAUUUUAUUUAUCUAUUCAAAAGCCAUUGGACGGCUGCCGCGAAUUUUUUCGAACGAGGUCAGUAACCAAAUAAGAACGUAAAAAAAGUCGGCUGGUUGCUCAUUGCUGAUUGCUCCUACAUUUCUAUAUAUUUCGCAUUAUGUUGGCCAUAUUGCCAUUGUCGUCUGCCCCGUCAACACAUGGCUUUGUUUGGACUUUUUUUUUCUGUUGCGGCAGCGAUGAUGUAGAAAAUAGUAUCGAUAUCGAGUGUUAUUGCGAUUAACUAUUUUAUUUUUGAUGCAAGUGUCAAUGAUACUUGGUAUAAAAAGUGCUUCGUUGUUUACUGAUGCAUUCAAGUUGCCAUUUACAAUGUCUCAAAAAAAAAGUGAUUUCAAAGACGAAUCUUGCGAAAAGAUUGAGAAUUUUAUUCACUGCGAAAAGGAUGAACUAGACUUGGGUAUUACUUUGAAGGGAGGACAAAGUUUUAGAUGGGUUGAAUGUAACGAUGGUUAUCGAGGCGUUUUUCACAAUACAGUUUGGACGUUAGUUCAACGAGACAAUAAAAUAUUUUACACGAUACAUGGAUCCCUGAAAAAUGACUUAAAUUAUGGAGAGAUAUUAUCUAAAUAUUUUCGUCUCGAUGUGUCAUUGAAAGAAAAUAUACAAAAAUGGGCUGAUUGCGAUUCACAUUUCAAAACUGCUUACGAUCAAGUUGGUCCUGUGAGGAUGUUAGAUCAGGAUAUUGUUGAAAAUUUGUUUUCUUUUAUUUGUAGUUCUAAUAAUAAUAUAACAAGGAUAUCAGGAAUGGUUGAAAAACUUUGUAGAAUAUUUGGCGAUAAAAUAUGUGAAUUAGAAAAUCAAACAUUUUUUGAUUUUCCAAAAAUUGAAAAUCUUACCAGUAGUGAUGUUGAAUCUACUUUACGUAAAGAAGGUUUUGGAUAUCGUGCUGGUUAUAUUAUUAAAAGUGCUAAAAAACUUAAAGAGCUAGGAGGUAGGAUGUGGCUACAAGGACUUAUGAAAGAAAAUGGUGUUACAUAUGAGCAUGCAAGAGAAAAUCUCAUGUUAUUACCUGGUAUUGGACCAAAAGUAGCCGAUUGUAUUUGCCUCAUGUCACUGGGUCAUUUGGAGGCAAUUCCUGUUGAUACUCAUAUAUUUCAAGUGGCUUGUGCUAACUAUACGCCUCACUUAAGUAAACAAACUGCAGUCACACCAAAAAUACAUCAAGAAAUAAAUGUUUAUUUGCGUAAUUUGUGGGGACCACUGGCUGGUUGGGCUCAAACUAUAGUGUUUUGUGCAAAAAUUACCUCUGCAGACAAAAGAAAAAACAAAAAACGUUCAGCUAAGGAAAAUGUUCAAAAAUCUUGUCAAACUAAAAGAACUCGAAAAAAAACUUAGAAACUUUGAUGAUUAUAAUUUUAAACAAUAAUUCAAUACAAAAAUAGUAAGUUAGAACUUCGAUUUAUUUAUAAAUUUCUGUUAUCU